AUGGCAAAUGCCGGUAUUAUUCCCACGCCAAACUUUGAAAAUGAAUUUCGGCACUGGUAUAUGGUAAAUCACCCGAACGCGGCACCACUUACGGAUCUUCAAGUUCGAGCCAGUUAUGAUGCCACGGCAGCAGUCCCGUAUACGCCUCCAUCUCCGGAUCCUCAGCCGCCAGUACCACAAGCUCCGACAGCAAUUGGAAACAUGAUAAAACCUGUAGCUAGACCUCCUCUUGGACAAGCUCCUCAGCAAAGACACCUACAUUUACUAGCACCGGUACCAGGAGUUCCUGUGGCGCAAUUAGGCGGCCCAAAUUGGAAAGGAAUCAAGCAUUUGGGAACUGGAGGAGGAGGGUCGGUGACUAUGUGGGAGUGGAAUGGCCCGCCUGCUGGCCGCCCCGCUGUUCAUGACAGAAUCGCAAUUAAGUCGCAACGAGACCCUGGGCCAGCACUUUUGGAAGAAGGAAGAAAGAUGGUAUAUCUCAAUCAAGCGAACCACUCAGACCAUAUUGUAAAGCUUCUUGUCAAUCCACCAACGCAAAUAACACCCGCAAUGGUCGCAGCCCAGCAUCUACAUAUUGAUUGGCUAAAUGGCGGUGCACCCGGUGCUGGCUUUGCUCGCCGACUGGUCAUGGAAUACUUGCCGCAAGGGUCCUUACAAGAUCUCAGGGAGAUGAGAGUGAGCAGGUAG